CUUUCUCCUGUUGAGAUCAAUUAUGCGAUGAGGGCCACAACGCCACACAACUCGCUGGCCCACUCUGCCAGCCCGAGUCGGACUCUUCCAAUAAGUAUUUCCAACAUGGAGGGAAGGAGUGUGCCUGCCACACCCCUCCUCCCACGGAAUGGACCCACUGCUGUCUCCAACCACAUCAGUUCAGACAUAUCCAGCAGGACUACCAAGCAGCGGUCGGACAAUCCAAAGGCAACCCCAGUGGUUCCUUCACAGUCUCUGGACGGCGGCCCCUCCUCUGGCCCCUCCUCUGGCUCCUCCUCUGGCCCCUCCUCUGGCCCCUCCUCUGGCCCCUCCUCUGGCCCCUCCUCUGGCUCCUCCUCUGGCCCCUCCUCUGGCCCCUCCUCUGGCUCCUCCUCUGGCCCCUCCUCUGGCCCCUCCUCUGGCCCCUCCUCUGGCUCCUCCUCUGGCCCCUCCUCUGGCCCCUCCUCUGGCCCCUCCUCUGGCUCCUCCUCUGGCCCCUCCUCUGGCUCCUCCUCUGGUCCCUCAUCAGGGUCCUACAAGGGAGGAGGAAGCUUCCCCUUCAGCAACCAGCAACGUAGCAGCAGAUCAGAGGCACUACUAGACCGGACUACAUCCUGCGACGAGGGGGGUCAUGGUCAAGUUCAGGGUCAAAGGUCAGGGGACAUGCCCUCCAGAGGGGCACCCCCGUACAAGUGUUCCGAGGCGCUGACGGACAGACGUCUGAGGCAGCUGAACGUCCAGAGGUCCAGCCCAGAGAGACAGCUGGUGAACGGACAUGGGGUGGAGCACAACAGGCUGGUUGGUCGAGUGUCUGUAGGGGUGGGGGGUCAGGGAGGAGGAGACAGAGGAGGUUACAGUGAUAUCCUGAUGGACUAUGUGUGGGGGAAGCAGCAGAGGCAGGUUGAACAGGUCCACGGCAAUGGGAAGUUCCCCUCCUCUGUCCCUGCACCUUCUCUUUCUCACUUCAAUGGUUACCCCCACCCUCACCCCCAGCCGCAGGGGCAUCUCUCCGGACCCCAGCAUCUCUCCGGGGGCCCUCCAGCCUACAGAAGUCCCCUGAUGCUCCGGGGGAAGCCUGGCGAGCCACGUCGGGUCAAGGUGACCCGCACCAAGUCCUGUGGUCCCUUUAUUCCUCUCCAGCAACACCAGCAGGAGGCUCUUCUUUCCUCCUCCUCUGAUCCUCCUCUCCCUCCCACCUCCACCUCUACCGGGACCUCCACAGCUACCCUGUACCCCCACCAGGGGUUUGGGGUUGAAUCCCACCAGCACCAGUUGGGGCCUGGAUCAGGACCAGGUCUGAGACCACCCCAGUACUCUGACUCCGUCACCCCAGAUGACCCCACCCGCAGCCUGCACAAGGCCCUGGCCCUGGAGGGGUUAAGAGACUGGUACCUGAGAAACACCCUGGGGGGGAAGGGACUGGGGCAGGACAACGGGGGACCCCCCAAGAUACAUACCACAGACUCCCUGCAUGGGUCACACCCUCACCAGCUCCCCCACCAGCCCCAGGCCUACCAGGGAGACUACCAUCCUCGCCAACUGCCAAAGUCACAGACCUUCCAGGGGCUUCCACUACAUGGCAGGUCGGUAGAGUUGUCUCUGUACCAGGAGUCCUUCCCAUCCCAGAUGCAGGAGCUGACCCUGAAAGAACCCAGCACUGACAGAGGUGACCUGCCGACCCCGGGCACACUGGUCUGACAACAACAACAACAAACAGAGGUGACCUGCCCACCCCGGGCACACUGGUCUGACAACAACAACAACAAACAGAGGUGACCUGCCCACCCCGGGCACACUGGUCUGACAACAACAACAACAAACAGAGGUGACCUGCCGACCCCGGGCACACUGGUCUGACAACAACAACAACAAACAGAGGUGACCUGCCGACCCCGGGCACACUGGUCUGACAACAACAACAACAAACAGAGGUGACCUGCCGACCCCGGGCACACUGGUCUGACAACAACAACAACAAACAGAGGUGACCUGCCCACCCCGGGCACACUGGUCUGACAACAACAACAACAAACAGAGGUGACCUGCCCACCCCGGGCACACUGGUCUGACAACAACAACAACAAACAGAGGUGACCUGCCGACCCCGGGCACACUGGUCUGACAACAACAACAAACAAACAUGUUAUUGACUGAUGACACAAUCAUGUUAUAGAGCACCUUACUGUACCAACAUACAGAAAGGAGAACAUGAAAGACAACAGCGCUGAUAUCCAGAGCAACUUACAGGAGCAAUUAGGGUUAAGGGCCUUGCUCAAGGGCACAGCGACACAUUUUUCACAUAGUACUCUCAGGGAUUCAAACCUUUCAGUUACUGGCCCAACGCUCUUAACCGCUAGGCUAUCUGUAUGGAAGACAUUCAUUUACACAAUAUUUAAUUUGUCUUCUUUCUGUCCAGUUUUGGGAGACAAUAACCAGGUCUUCAUCCAACCUUUAGAUGUGAGUAAAGUACAUGUCGGAUAAAGAAAGGGACAACAGGCUUGAUGGAAACAGAACAUUAGAAACGUUCAGAAUGUCGACAUAACAGAAUACGCUAGACGAGGUGGGAUCUGUUUGUGUCUGUGAAAUUAAUAAUGCGAGAAAUGUUGGUGGAAACGUCUUUAUGAGGAAAUAUUGACAUAAUAACCGUCAUAUCGAAGUAAACUUGGAGUCAAGCGAUAACAUGUUGUGUGGUCCUCCCACUACGAC